UGUUUACGAAAUGAAACCAUAAAAUGGCCUGUUUGCCAGUGUUGAGAUUAUAUUAAUCCUGAUCAUAUUGUCAUUGGCGUAUUAUCCACUAGAUGGCAGUAUUUAAUUCAAAACUUCGACAGCCCCCGUGAGCCGACACACACACACAUACAGAGAGAGUCGUGGGGUGAAGACUGUGUGAGCCUCUUUUGCUGACCUGCGGGCGUGGCUUCAGUGACUCUGGUAGAAGGGCGGAACUGUGGCCCCUGGGUUUACUUUAAAGCAUCCAGGACUGAUAAAGAUGCUCUGCACAAGUCAGCAGCUUCUCUUCCAGAGUACUCGGCGUCAUCCUCCAUCCUUCAGCAGGCGUGUGCAUCUGCGGCCGGCAUGUCAAACUCGGACAGGGUUGUGUUAGCUCUCGGAGGAGCGGGGACAGUGGGAUCUGGCAUCGUUAAAGCGCUGUUGGACAAAGGUUUCAAAGUUGCUGUGAUCUCCAGGGACAACAGCCGUCUGGAGAGACUGCGAUCAUUCGUCUCUCCCACCACAAGGGAUAACCUCACCACUAUAGUGGGGAAUGUGGGGUCAGAGGAGGGAGCAGAGCAGGCAAAGCAGGCCCUGCUGAAGGCGGUGGGCAAGGUGACUGACAUUGUCUCCUCUCUGGGCUUUAGCUGGUGGCAGGGUGGACCCCCACACACACAGUCCCUCAAAGAGCUACACUGGGUAAUUGAGACAUUGCUCUUCAGCACAUUUGUGUCAUGGAAGGCUUUCUUCCCUUUGGUGAGGGACGACUCCAGCUGUACUUACACCUUCAUAACAGGAGGAGCAGGUGAGAAGUUGCUGAUGCCAGGUACAGGCUUCCUGACAGUAGGAGCUGCCGGCACUCUGGCCUUCUGCCAGGUUCUGCGAGAGGAAUACCCCGAGGUGCCCUGCAAACUCAACCAGGUGAAGAUAGACACGGGUGUAGCUACUCCAGAGCGCAUGGCACCUGGUUACCUGAACCACCUGGACCUGGGCGAGGCUGUUGCCACCCUUGUGGAAAGACGAAACACCUCCCACACUGUCUUCACUGUCAACUGCCCUGCAGACUUAAAAACUGUCCUUCUGGAGAGGAACCUUUAGACUUGGAAGCCCUUCCUUCAGUCCUACCUUGUUCUCACAAGGACACAUGUAUUCUUCUUCUGCUCCUUCUCUCACCAAACACUGCAGUAACACAUUUACAGUGUCUUUGGUUCAUUUGUUUACCCCAUCCUAACCCCAUCCAACAAGUGGCUGUUGUUUAAACUUUAUAUUCUGCUGCCUGUUCCCAGAGUGUUAGCAACUCUUUUCUCUGCAUGUGCUGUUGUGUGAUAUGUCUGUGAAAACACAGAUGAUUUGUAAUUCUCACCUUUUCAUUGUUGCAUGCUUCUGUAUAAAAAUUAUCACACAGUUCUGUUCUGUCUUCCACACUGCUGGAAGACAUGAUAUAAAACAACAAUUUGUCCACGGA